CGAGAAUUAAAAGUCAAUAAAUAUUGAUUUGCGGAUUGACUUCACUUAAGUAAACCGUAUCAUUUGCUGACGUUAUGAAUACAGCUUGGAAGCUUCGAGUGCGAGGACUGUAAAGUAAUUCUUACAUAAAGAAAAAAAAUUGAAACAAGCGAGGAAUUUUAACAAGAAUUAAUUAACAAUACGAUUGAAUCUGCAUUGACGUAACAAGUGACAGCAAACAAGAAACUUUAAGCCGAUAGAUGCAUGUGAAAACAUUUGCAUUUAUGAUAAUGAAACUAAUUAUCAAAUAAUUAACGCCAAUUUAAUGUAAAACAAAAAAAUAAAUCGAGAGAAGAGAAAAAAGAUUGCCAUAAUUCCCUCAUCAGCAUCAAUAUAAUAUCAACAUGCAUUGCAGCUGAGUGUUAAACUGAUAAAAUACAUGAAUGGAAUAUAUAAAAAUCACUUUUUGUAAAUGUGAUACAUGCGACAUAUAAGGGAAUAUGAAAAUAGCUUUAUCAUGCUAAAGAAGUGAUAAUGUGAGAAACUCUGUUGUCAGACAAAUUUAAAGUAAUCAAGAAUAAGAAGAAACUCUAAAAAUAAAAAAAGGUGUAGUGCACAAAGUGGAAUGAAUUACGAUUGUAAAAAGUGCAAAAUGUACAGGGACAAUUGUAGAACUUGAAAGUUAAAUAUUAUUAAACGAGUGAAAAAAAAUAUAGCAGAAUUAUAAAUAAACCGCACACAUUUCGCAGGUUGCGUCAUUACAACAACUGCUUUAAAUUCAGCAAAAAAGAAAGAAAAUAUAAAAUUAAAAAAAAAGUGAAAGAGAAUUUUUGUUUAUAUAUAUUUUAUAAUUAAUCAAAAUACAUAAAUGCAAUAUGAUCGGAGACAUAUUUGUUGGUGCUCUAUUACUACUGUCCGGAUUUAUAAAUGUGCUAGCUAUUGGUGCAUUCUGGAUAACUCCUAGUCUUCGUACAACUGCAAAUCGUUUUGUCAUUAAUUUGCUUCUAGUAAACUUUAUAAGUUGCCUAAUAUUAUCACCGUUUGCCUUCAAUGUCAAUGCAAACUCACCCACGAGCUUUAUUACAUCAUCAUCAUCAAACAUUAACAAUAGCAGUAAUAGUCAAUUAGCCACGGAUGUGGUUAGUAAGGUGGACAAUAAUACAACAAAUGGAAAUAACGAUACAACAGUGGAUGAAUGCUCCAAUCAAACGCUUGAGUGCCUCUAUCAUAUGAAACAGUCUGGUGCCAGUAAUGAAAGUUAUAGUUAUAAACUAAUUGAGACUAUAGAAAAUAUUUCCAUGCGAAAGUAUCAAACAUGGAGUUUGGAUUUAGUCGUAGCGUUAAGUGUAUUAUCUGUGUUAUUAGUUAUUUUAGAUACAUUCAUUGCUGUGACAGAUCCAUUACGCUAUCAUUCGAGAAUAUCUGAUUUAAAAGCAUGGCUACUCAUAGCACUAUGCUGGAUAUUAAGUAUUAUAUUUGGUAUUGCGUCAGCCCUUCGAACGGCAUCAGACGUCGGGUUUAUCUUAUCAGACGAUACGUUGGAAAGCGUCGUUAAUGAUAAAAAGUAUAAUAUGAUGUUUUUAUUAACAUACUUCCUUCUCAUCAUAAUAAUGCCAUUCCUGUUAGUUAUUCUUAUGUAUUGGCGAAUUUAUUCAGAGGCACGCGAAAGUGGACAGCGAAUGAGACAAAAUGGAUCAUCUCCAUUACUACAGAGUGCUCUCAAUCUUGCCGCCACCGCAAAUGCUCAUCCGCAGCAAUCAACAAUACUUACGAAUCCUCAAUGUAUGUUAUUGUCAACAUCAUCACCUCAUCAUCAUCAUCAUCAUCAUCAACACCAUCAUCAGCAGACAAAUAAUAAACAGCUUGUUAUGAAUAAACAAGAUAGCAGUUGCGCUAAUUAUUUUAUAAAUAAUAAUAACAAUAACAAUUCUAAUAGUAACAAUUAUGUGCCCACCAAUUUAAUCAGUGAUGGUCUUACGAUGAAAAUUGACAAACAGAACUACUCAGUCGUAAAUGUCGAGCAUCAAAGAGAUCAUCCGACAACAUUAAAUCUUAAUGGAAUAAGCAAUGGAGGAUAUAGCAGCGAGCAUCAUACAAAAACAUUUUUAUUAUCAUCACCGCCUCACGAGUGUAUGCCUAUGUUAAGUACAUUUGACGAAGAGACUUCAAUUGGACCUAAAUCGCAACAACAUCAAAAUAUUUUGCUUACGCUAACAACGGUUUGUGAGCAAACAAUGAAACGUAAUCACAGCGUUAAACACUUACAUUUAUUAACCGAAAGUGAUUUCAACGGUCGACAUGACGAGUCAAAAGUUGUUGAACUAAGACAAGUCCAUUCGACACCGAAUCUCCAUCAUGUGACAUCACCUGAAUUAAUGACAUGCAAUCAAGAUCAGACAUUAGAAUUGCCGUCAAUACAAGCAUCGCCAAAAGCAUUAAGAUAUAUGACGUCCUUACGUCACAGGCUAUCAAAUGCUAGCUCAUUAUUCAAAUAUCGAGAAGAAGGCCGUGCUGCCAGAAUAAGCAUAUUGGUUGUUAUAAUGUUCCUACUUACGUACCUUCCAUACGGCAUUUUACUACUAGUUCAUGGUCAGGAGAGUAUCAUCAAAGAAUCAAAUAUCACGCUACUUUCAAUAAUAUUUGUUCUACUCGCGAAUCUCUGCUCACCUAUAAUCUUUGCAUACCGAAACAAGCGUGUAAGACGCGGGGUACGAAGACUGUUGGGUAUUGACAAGAAAACAAACGAACGAUUAGAGAAGUUGAAUAGCUUGAAGAGAAGCUGUAGUACAAGAAUCAAGAACUAUCGACAAAACAAUUUACACAAGAGCUUAAAUCUUGGAAAUGGAAUUAAGGCCAGUAAUAUUCGAAGAACAAAGUCAUUUCAAACAUGCAACUAUCUUACGCCAUUUGAUGCUGCCAAGAUGUCCAUGAACAACACCAUUUCAAAAAAUAGCAGCAAUAUUAGCUUCAGUAAUAAUAAUGAGAGUCCGAUGAAUAUCCAAAAGAGUCUCUCAAAUGUAAAAGAGAAGAAGUCAAUCUUGAAGAUUGUCGCCGAUAGUUCGAGAAAAUUUAGAUGUCAAUUUACAAAUUGCCAAAAUGGAAUCAAUCAAGAUCAAACGAUGCCUGUCGAGGUAUAGACUGAGUGACACACGAAAAACGACAUAAAGAUAAAUAAUAAUUUUUUUUGUGAGGUCGAUCAAAGAUCGUUAAAGCUUUAUAGAGUAAGGAAAGAGAAGAAGAGUCAUUAAAAUUCAAAUUUUGUGCCAAAUUUUAUGUGGACGUAUAGGAAAAAAAUUUGCAUUUAUUUAAAACAUUAUUUUUUUGUCCGUUUGCUGUUCCCAUCGCACAGAUGAAUUAAACAAAAAAAAAACUGUCUGUCUCAUUAUGCUUUGUUUUCUUAUUCAACUUCUUCUUCUGUUUCUUUCUAAUUUGUUUUGAGAGCAUUUUUUGUAUGAUUUGGCUACUGUUUUUUUCUUUGAAUUGGCAUGUUGAGUGCCAUGACUUAAAAACAUUGAGAUCGUUAUGAUGAUUAACAGCAAGUAAAAUUGAAUUUCAGAUUUGUGAAACUUAAUUUUAAUGAUUUCUGGAAAAUUUGAAUUUUAAACGAUAUUUGAAAUUUAACGGUUGUCGAAAUUUGAAUUUUAAAAAGGGGUGCUCAACUAAGAAUUCACAAUUUUUAAAACUUUGCUAAAACAUUGU